AUGAGUGGAGUUCAAAUCCCGGUAUCUCCACUUUGUAUAAUAGUGGUACUUAAUGAUGCUUCUGUUGCUGAUGAUGUCAAAGAUGUUCUAGGAUAUGCUGUCUUUGAAGUUCACGAUUUGUUUGGUGAAAUCAAGACUGAAGCGUUGCGCUGCAAAGUAGACGGUGAGUUCAGGUGGGUCAUGAAUUCUAAAUUGCGAGAAUUAAUUGAAAGAUUAGAAGAAGGAUUGAGUUCGGGAGAACAGGUUGGCAAAUUAAAUGUUUUCAAAAGUGAUUGGUAUGGAACUCCUACAAAUUCUGUUUUGGUUGAUAAAUCUUCUCUACAAUUCUACUCACUCUCAAUUUCUGUGUCACUGCUGUUAAACAAGAUUGUUUCUAGUGACUUCAUCGGCAACUUCCAGGCCAUGAAGCUUGACGUUUCACUCUUGGAAAAGCUUAAGACAAUACUUGUGCCCGUUCUUCUUGAUGCUGUAGACAUACUUACUUUCGGGCUUUGGCUGUAUAUGCUGGAAUAUGAUGUCUUUGAAGUUCACAAUUUGUUUGACGAAAUCAACCGUGAGGCAUUGCACUUCAAAGUGGAAUCAGAGUAUGAAACCCCAACUCCUCCUUCUCCGGUGCUGAAUACUCUUUAUUCUAAAUUACAAAAAUUGAUUGAAAGAUUAGAAUUUCUGAGUUUACAAGUGCAGGAUCGAAUUGGUGGUUCCAGUUUUAAGAGUGUUUGGCAUGAAACUCCUUCAAGUUCAAUUUGGGAUGGUGAAUCUUCUUCUAUUUAUGGAAGAGACAAUGAUAUUAAGGAACUUAAACAUCUUUUAUUGUCUGAAGAUGGUGAUGAUAGUAAAAUACGAAUCAUUUCCAUUGUUGGUAUAGCAGGGAUCGGUAAAACAACCCUUGCUAAGGUUCUUUACAACGAUACCGAAGUACAUGACAAAUUUGAGUUAAAAGUGUGGGCACAUGUUUCAAAAGACUUUGAUGAUUUAAAUGUUUUUGAAACCAUUCUUAAUAAUAGAAAUGACAAAAGUGAGGUGAAUAACAUUUACCCAAAAUGUUUGCUUAUAUUGGAUGAGGUAUGUGAUGCAGGAUAUAUCAGGACAUUACUGAUGAAUAUCUCUAAUCUUGGCGAAACGGGAAGUAGGAUCAUCAUCACAACACCGGAUAAAAAAGUUGCACUAUCAAUACAAACCAUUGCCCUUCCCAUGCAAACCUUUCUUUCUGUCCACUACUUGACACCUCUGGAAAGUGAAGAUUGCUGGUCUUUACUUGCUGGACUUGCAUUUGGAGCAUGUAACGACCAACAUCAAUCCAAUCUAGAAGAAAUUGGCAAAGAAAUUGCUAAUAAAUGUUAUGGAUCACCAUUUGCUGCAGUAGCACUUGGGGAUAUUCUUUGCACUAAAUUGUCCCUAGAUUACUGGAAUUAUGUGCUAGAAAAUGACAUUAUGUUAUUAUUAGAUCAUGAUGUGCGACCAUUUAUACAACUGAGCUACCAAUAUCUUCCAACUCCUUUAAAACGAUGCUUUGAGUAUUGUUCAAUUUUUCCAAAGAAGUCCAUCAUAGAAAAAAAUUUGACAGUUCAGUUGUGGAUUGCAGAAGGCUUAGUAAAAUCGUCCACAAACCAGGAAAAAGUUGGAGAAGAAUACUUUGCUGUAUUAGUGUCAAGGUCAUUGAUACAUCGACGAUCUAUUGGUGAUGGGGAAGCAAACUUUGAAAUGCAUAACCUGGUCCAUGAUUUAGCUAUAAAGGUUUCAUCUCCAAAUUGUAUCAAUAUGGACGAAGAUGAUUUUCAUGAUAGGGUACAUAACUUAUCAUACAAUAGAGGUAUAUAUGACUCGUAUAGUAAAUUUGAUAAAUUGUAUGGAUUAAAAGAUCUACGUACCUUUCUAGCAUUACCAUUACAAGAACAUUUGCCUCUUUGUUUGCUAUCAAACAAGUUAGUACAUGAAUUGCUGCCAACAAUGAAACAAUUACGCGUGUUGUCUUUGUCAAAUUACAAGAGUAUCACUGAGGUUCCCAACUCUAUUGCAAAUUUGUUACACCUUCAGUACUUAAAUCUUUCCCACACUAUGAUUGAAAGGUUGCCUUCUGAAACUUGCGAGCUUUACAAUCUGCAGUUCUUGUUAUUGUCAGGCUGUAAAAAGCUCACUGAAUUGCCAGAGGACAUUGGAAAAUUGGUUAAUCUAUGCCACCUUGACGUUAGUGACACUGCAUUGACAGAGAUGCCCAUACAAAUAGCCAAACUAGAAAAUCUCCACACUCUGUAUGACUUUGUUGUCAGCAAACAAACUGGUGGGUUGAAGGUUCGAGACCUGGGCAAAUAUCCCCACCUAUAUGGAAAACUUUGCAUAUCACAGCUACAAAAUGUCAGUGACCCCUUUGAAGCAGUUCAAGCCAAUAUGAAGAUGAAAGAACAGAUAGACAAGUUAUCUUUAGAAUGGGAUUGUGGUAGUGCUUUUUCAAAUUCACAUAUUCAAAGUGUUGUACUUGAACAUUUGCAACCCUCAACAAAUUUGAAAAGUCUUACCAUCAAAGGCUAUGGUGGAAUUAGCUUUCCGAAUUGGUUUGGUGAUUCCUUAUUUAGCAACAUGGUGUAUUUAAGGAUCUCAAAUUGUAGUGAUUGUUUAUGGCUUCCACCUCUUGGGCAAUUGGGUAAUCUGAAAAAACUCAUUAUUGAAGAGAUGCAAUCAGUAGAGAUAAUUGGUACUGAGUUCUAUGGAAGUGACUGUUCUUCUUCAUUUCAACCAUUUCCCUCCUUGGAGACUCUACAUUUUGAGAAUAUGCAAGAGUGGGAGGAGUGGAACUUGAUUGGAGGUACGAAUAAAGGGUUUCCUCUUCUAAAAACUUUGUCAUUGAGCAAGUGCCCGAAACUGAGAUUAGGAAACAUGCCUGACAUAUUUCUUUCGUUAACUGAGUUAAGAGAAUGUCCUCUAUUGGUGCAAUCAAUGCCAUCAUCUGAUCAUGUAUUCAGGCAACUGAUCAUGUUCCCUAUGAAUUCUCUUCGACAGUUGACCAUACACGGUUUUCCAUCUCCGAUGUCUUUCCCACCAGACGGUCUUCCAAAAACCUUGAAAGUUCUCAUAAUCAGUAGCUGUGAGAAUCUAGAGUUCCUUCCUCAUGAAUACUUGCACAAUUACACAUCACUUGAGAAAUUAAAAAUAUCUUAUAGUUGUAAUUCAAUGAUAUCAUUUGCCUUGGGCGCUCUCCCUGUCCUCAAUAGUUUGUUUAUUGAGGGUUGUAAAAAUCUGAAAUCGAUAUUAAUUGCAGAAGGAGCGUCGGAAAAGAGUCUCUCAUUUCUUAGAAGCAUCAUAAUAUGGUAUUGUAAUGAAUUGGAGUCAUUUCCCCCAGGUGGAUUGGCCACUCCAAACCUCAGUUAUAUUGCAGUGUGGCAGUGUGAGAAGCUCCGUUCACUACCAGCAGCAAUGAACACUCUAACUGGUCUUCAUGAAAUGGAAAUUGAUAGUCUACCAAAUCUUCAAUACUUUGAUAUAGAUGAUUUGCCUUUCAGUUUACGGGAAUUGACUGUUGGCUCUCUUGGAUCGAUUUUGUGGAAUACUAAGCCAACUUGGGAACGUCUCAAUUGUCUGUCAGUGCUGCGAAUUAAGGGUGGUGAUAUGGUGGACUCGUUCAUGGUGCCAAUGCUACCUGCAUCUCUCGUGACACUAUGCAUCUGUGGUUUUAGUGGUAAAAGCAUUGAUUGGAAGUGGCUUCAACAUCUCACUUCUCUCCAAAACCUUGAGAUUGUUAAUGCUCUGAAACUCAGGUUGUUGCCAAAGAAAGGAUUUCCUUCCUCUCUUUUAGUGCUAAAUAUGACUCACUGUCCAUUACUGGAAGCAAGUUUCCGGAGGAAGCAAGGGAAAGAGUGGCGUAAGAUUGCCCACAUUCCCUCCAUAAUUAUAGAUGAUGAAUUGAUAACAUGA